AUGCGCGCCAAGCUGCUCGCCGUGUCCAGUCUGUGCGUCGCCGCGUCUGUUUUGCAGGCUACCGAGGCCCGUGGUGCUUCGGCUGACAUCCUCUCGCGUCGUCAACUCGGCGACUACAAGGAUCACGGACACCACCAUUCGCACAAGCACGACCACCACAAGAAGCACGUCCACGACGACGACAACAAAGGCCACUCGCACUAUCGCCGCCGAUUUGAAGACGCCAAGGCGACCGAGUCCUCUCAUGACUAUAGCUACGGUCACGACGACUAUGGUCACGACGACUACGAGCACAAGGACUAUGACCACGGCGUCGGCUACGGCUACGACAAGCAUGACCAUAAGGGAUAUGGCUACGACAAGCAUGGCCACAAGGGAUAUGGCUACGACGAUGGCUACUACGGCUACGGCGAGGCAUAUGGAAACGACUACUACGGCUAUGGAAAAGGUUAUGGUAAGGGCUACGGCGACGACUACUCCAUCUAUGGCAAGGGCUAUGGCAAAGGCUGUGGUGACGACUACUACAGCUAUGGCAACGGCUACGACUAUGGCAAGGGAUACGGCCUUGGCAAGGGAUAUGGAGACAACUACUACACCGAAGGCAAGGGCUAUGGCGAAGGUUGUGGUGACGACUAA